AUUCAAUAAAAUACUCAAAGUAUUCGUUGCAUUGAAAGAGUGCAAUAUUUUAGUUUGCAGAUUUGAAAGACAGCUUAUAUCUCCAUAACUAUGGAAUCUCCUGUUUGGGAAGACCGAGAAAUAAAGUUCGAUUUGCCAAAUGUACAAUAUAAUCUCCGUAGUGGCGAGAAAGCGCUGGAUCUUAUCGAUUAUAUCGAGGACACCAAAGGAAACCCGGAUGACUCCGGUAAAUUGCUGGUGACGAAUUUGAGGUUGAUAUGGUAUUCCUUAGUUCACAAGAAGUUCAAUUUGUCAAUCGGUUACCAAAGGAUUUUGUCAUUACAAACUAGGACUGUCUAUUCGAAGGCACGGAGAACACAUCAGGCACUGCAUGUAAUGGGAGUCGGAGUGAAUAUGCGAUUUGAAUUUUUAUUUACGGAUAUGUCUAUGAAGACGUCUAAGGUAUCUGCAUUCACAUCGGUUUUUGAUGUUUACAGAUUAUAUCAAGAUACCCUUCUCUAUCGUGAAGUAAAACUGCGAGGUGCUAUUGUUCAAUCUGGUCAGCUGGUUAUACUUCCGCAGGAGCAGGUUUACAGCAACUUUCAAGGUGUAUGGAACCUAUCUAGCGAUCAGGGCAAUCUAGGAUCAUUCAUCAUUACCAAUAUUCGAAUGGUUUGGUUUGCAGAUGUCAACGAAUCAUUCAACAUAAGUUUACCUUACAUGCACAUGUCAUACAUCAAGAUCCGUGAAUCAAAGUACGGUCCAGCAUUAGUCAUACAAACUUCAGAAACGGGGGGUGGAUACGUUUUAGGAUUUCGUAUAGACCCUCCGGAACGUUUGACUAGAGUCUAUCAGGAGCUGAAAUCGCUAUAUGCAAUCUAUAGUGAGACUCCUAAUUUUGGUAUCGUCUAUCAACCGGAUAAAAAUCCAAAGUUAGCCAAUGAAGCAAGCGAGGAGGAAUCGGUAGAGUCAAAAAUAGAACAAGAAGACCGGCAAAGGAAUGAAAAGCUAAAUCUUUAUUUGGCUGAAGGAUCAACGGCAGGUGCUAAAAUUCGGGAACCGUUUUAUUGUAAAGAGUUAGGUUUUGCAAUGGAGAAAUUGAGGGAUGGAUAUAAAUUGAGUGAUUUAUGGAAUGUGAUCCCUUUCAAAGAAGAAAGUUCAGAGGAUAAGUAAUGUAGUAAUUUAUCCUUUUUAUUGGCGUGUUUGUCUUGUCAAAGUUUUAAAUAUGUUGUUGGUGAAUAAUAAAAUUAUAAUCUCACAUUA